CUGACGCGGGGAGGCGGUGUGAGGCUUGCCUCGCUGCCCGAUCUUUAUGCAGUUCCACACUGACCAGUCACCCGUUGUCCUGCUGCGCCAGCUGGAGGCGUCUCUGCCGCCCAACGCACACGAGCUGUGCAGCGGCGUGGCCACGGUGGGCGUGACGCGGCUGCUGCCCUGGCCGCACACCAAGCGCGUGUGCCAAUUCUCCUCACGGCCCGACCUGGUGGCGGCGCUGCUGGCGUCCUGCCACAUCCCGCGCUACUUCAAUGGGGAGCUGUCCACCUCGUACCGGGGCAAGACCAGUGUGGACGGCGGCGUGUCAUCGCUGAUGCCCAAGGCCGCGGCCGAGCACGACUUCCUGCUCAAGGUAUGCUGCUUCCCCCGGCGGCACGUGGCCCGACUGCCUGUGUUCAACCGGCGCCAGGCGCUGCGGCAGCUGGACCUGGGCAUCAGCCCGGACGCCUUCGGACCCUGGCCGCACAGGCUGUCGGUGAUGCUGGAGCACGCGCUGCACCCCUCCUCAGACGACUUCCUGGUGCUGCUGCUGCAGGCGGGUCGGGGCGAUGCCAUGCGCUGGGCUGUUGCCGCUGGCCUGGCGCCGCCGCCGCUGUGUCGCUGGGUGGAGCGCUGGGUUGCCGGCCUGCAACAGCCGCAGCUGCCGACGCAGCAGGAGCAGUGGCAGCAACAGCAGCUCCCCGCCGCCGGGUCGUCGCACGAGCUGGCCAAAGCCGCGGUGGCUGCAGCCGCCUGUUAUGAUGAUGAGUCGGCGGCUGCAGCAGCAGCUGGUGGCGGCAGGGACACAGCUGCUGCGGAGGGAGCAGCAGUGGUCCGAGGGGGAGCGGCGGAUGGGAUCGUCAGUAGGAGGAGUGGGGCGGUGGAGGAGUUCGGCGGGGGCAUGAGUGGCUGCGGGCUGUACCUCAUGCCCAUACCGCCUGAGCUCCUGCUGCCGGGUCCGGCUGCCGCUGCUGUUGCUGACGCACCCAAGCCUGGUGCUUCCGCGGAGUCGUCGCCGGCGGCGGAAGCCCCGGGCACCGCCGCUACUGCGAGCACACCACAGCGGCAGUUAGCAGCAGCUCCUGCGGGUGAUACGCGGCAACAGGAGCCGCCGCAGCAAGCUGGUCCCGCACUGCAGCUGGUAGGCCCCAUCGCCGUCGCCGAGGGGCUGCUGUCGCGCACCGCCAGCACUAGCACUAGCGCAGCAGCCAUGUCCUGGCAGGCGCAGGUGCCGUCGCAGGCGUCGCAGUGCAACGUGCAGUCGACCCAGCGCGCGCACGUAAUGGCGGCGGCGGUGGCGGCGGCGGGGCCAGGAGGAGUGGGCCCGACGUCAGCACGAAACCGUCUUGGGCGCGAUGGCGAAACUGGAGGUAGUGCAUGCGGCGGAAGAUUUGGUUGCCGCCGCAUGCAUCUGCACAGUGGGCACAAGGCCCGUGUAAAGCCGAAGCGCCUGCCGCACGAGACAGCAGCACGGCUCUUUGUGGCGGGUGGAAAGCUUUUGCCUUAGCGCUUAGUGAUGGUUGUCCGAUGUGGAUGGCCUGCGAGGCUGCGAGCUGCUUUAAAUGUUCGUUGAGUCUGUGUGCGUGGGAGCGGACUUUCAGGAGCUGUACGGAUGACUCGGCAUACAUAUGCGGCUACCUCGGACGCUAUCUUCUCUAGGAGGUCCCUGUGUUUUGAGAGUACGGUAUAGACGCUGGGGGUAGUUGGUGGCCCUACGGAUCAUGUAGAUGGAGACCAAGGAGUCACUGGGAAUGGUGAGUUUGGGCAGGCCUCGGUGCUCCAGUCUUGGGCACCGGGCAGGAUUCCAGUGCUUUUUUCCGAUGUGGACGUUACAGAGAGGAGCGUGUCUGCCCCUGGUCAACUCGGUAAGGAUG